CCUGGAAAACAUCAAAGCUCCAACGUCUUCUGGCCGCGUGACGGAACAAUGGCAGCCCCCGGCUUACAGCAAUGGAAAGUGGACAAGCCUUGGCUUGAGCUAAAAUGCGCACUUGGGGAGGGGCCGUUUUACGAGAAGGAGACGAACUCAGUGCGCCUUGUUGACAUAAAAAAGAGUCAGAUACUUACUGUAUCCGCCGCUGAUAACGGGGAUGGUUCCUCUCUGAAAGUCAUUCAGCUGGAUACGCGCCCAACCGUUACAGCCGACAUUGAGGGAGUGGACCCUCAGGACCGUAUCCUGAUCGGUGUCAAACAUGGAGUCGCUGUGCUGGACCGCCAGGCUGGGACGUACGCAAUGCUUGUGCAAUUUAAUGAAGAGAACAACGGGCGUAUACGAUCCAACGAUGGAGCGGUAGACCCCCAUGGAAAGCUGUGGCUGGGAACCAUGACUGAUUUUGAGCAUGGAGAGCCCCAGCCCGAAGGAUUUCUUGCGCGCUUUGACUCGUCCAAGUCUAAAGAGGAUGUGCUGACGGGCUUGAGGAUUCCCAAUGGGAUUGGAUGGUCACCAGAUAACAAAACCAUGUACUUUACGCACUCCACAUCUCGAGAGGUGUUUGCAUUUGACUACUCUCUCGAGACUGGAGCUGUCAGCAACAAACGCCUGUGGUACAAGCAUGAAGGGCCAGGAGAGCCUGAUGGCUUCCGCGUUGACGUGGAUGGCAACGUGUGGCAUGCCAUUUGGGGAGAGAGCACGGUGCUCAAGAUUAACCCCGAAGGUAAGGUUAUUGGAAGCGUGACUUUGCCGACGAGGCAUAUCUCCUGUGUGCAGUUUGUGGGUACAGAGCUAGUCAUCACUUCAGCAGCGGACGACGAGGGCGAUGAUCCAAGUAAGAAGUAUGGCGGUAGUAUCUUUAAGGUUGAUGUGGGGACCACUGGAUUGGAUCUUUUCAAGUUCAGGUUAUAGCCAAAGGACACCAGCAGCAGCAAGCAUUUGCCCUGACAACUGCAGCUUUAACGCCGACAUCGCGUUGGUUACGAGCGAGAGGAGCCUGGCAAGCGGAGAAUACAGACGCCUGAUACCUACUACAUAGACCCUUUUGCGCGAAUGGAGCUGUUCAACUUGGUCUAAACGGCCCAGAGUCGAACAAAUCUUUUUCGAAAAUACAACUUCAGACAUGCCUCAUUUUC